UUUAUUUUACAUUUGUGUUACAGAUGGCGUUUCUGCAAAAUCGCUCAAUAUCGCUGGUGGACAUGUACAUUGACAAUUCAGAACCUUCAGAGAAUGUAGGACAAAUACAUUUUUCUUUGGAAUAUGAUUUUCAAAAUACAACGCUCAUAUUGAGAAUUAUACAGGGUAAAGACCUGCCAGCAAAGGAUCUGAGCGGCACGUCAGAUCCGUAUGUAAGGGUAACCCUGUUACCAGACAAAAAACACCGACUGGAAACAAAGAUAAAGAGGCGUACGCUGAACCCCAGAUGGAAUGAAACCUUCUACUUCGAAGGUUUCCCUAUACAGAAGCUGCAGUCCAGGGUGCUCCACCUGCACGUCUUCGAUUAUGACAGAUUCAGCAGGGAUGAUUCCAUUGGGGAGGUCUUCCUGCCAUUAUGUCAGGUGGACCUAAGUGAAAAGCCAUCAUUUUGGAAGGCACUGAAGCCUCCUGCAAAGGACAAGUGUGGAGAGCUGCUCACAUCACUCUGUUACCACCCUAGCAACAGUAUCUUAACGUUAACCCUGCUCAAAGCACGUAACCUCAAGGCGAAAGACAUUAACGGAAAAUCAGAUCCAUACGUGAAAGUGUGGCUACAAUUCGGCGACAAAAGGAUCGAGAAAAGGAAAACAGCAGUGUUCAAGUGUACGCUGAACCCCGUCUUCAACGACUCAUUCCAAUUCAACGUGCCCUGGGAGAAAAUUCGAGAAUGCUCCCUUGACGUUAUGGUCAUGGAUUUUGACAAUAUCGGCAGGAACGAGCUCAUAGGCAGGAUCCUGCUUGCCGGUAAAAAUGGUUCCGGUGCAUCAGAAACGAAGCACUGGCAAGACAUGAUAACGAAGCCAAGACAGACCAUAGUACAAUGGCAUAGACUCAAACCCGAGUAGAAGCACCAACCCAUCUAUAUCUACGAUAAAAGUUUUAACAAAAAUAUACUUCCGAUCACAUAUUAUCUAUAUAUUAUAUAUAUUUUUUACUCCGUUGUUUCCAUUUCUUUCUGGAUCUUAAACAUAGACAAUAAUUUUAAGCUGUAUCUUAACAUUUCUUAUCUAGAUUUCUUUGAACUAAUUUAGUACUACUUCUAUUACCUGAUCGCCUUAUGCGCUAAACUGAUAAACUUUCGUCUUUUUACAUCACGAGGAUUUGAGCUAUUAAUAACGGCAGCAGUUAGUAUAUGGUUUUUGAUUGAAAUACAUGCACAAACAAAAAAUUAAUCAGAUAAUAUUUUAAAACUGAUUUCAUUCUUAUUCACAAUAUUUUGCAAACUGUACUUCAAAUUUAGUCCAAUAACAUUCAAAAGCCCUAGAGUGUUAACUUUGCCAGCAUUCUGCAUAAAAUUUAACGAAUGGAAAAUAAAAAUUUGUCAGUUGCUCGGGUAUUCGAAAUUGUAAAUACUGACCAAGUGUCGCACAAAAUGCAGCAUCAUAUCUAAGAGCUGUUGAGGAGAACUCGUAUGUAAAAAAGAAGGUUUAUUUGUCCAUACUUUCGCAUAACGAAAAAAUGUAAGAUCAUGCAUGAACAUUGCACUUUUUGACAUAUUCCUCUUAAUAAUCAGCAUCUCUUUAUAUAAGCUUCAAGAUUAUUGAGUCACAAUACGAGAAUGUUAUUAGCCGGUGGAAGAAAAUGAAUAUUUCACAUCAUAGCCUUGAGCUAUGCUUAAAAAUAGAUGGUACUCAGAAAAAUGACCCUUUGAUCAGCUGAAAUUAUAUUGGCAUAGAACAACGGCUCUCCAAGAAGAAGCUAUAAAGUCUAUCGAUGAUUUACCUACUUCAUAUCAUUCUAAUACAAAGGAGACGGAAAUCAUCAUGAAGUAGACUAUACUAAAGUCACCACGGAUACCAUAAUGAUGAUAUGAUCGUUCGUAAGCCAUUUUUUGGUGGUCGCAAAUACAGCCACGACGAAUAAUGCAUUUUCCUUGCAUAAGCUUUUAGGAUGGUGAAGGAGCAUACCAGUUUUCCUUUGAAACAUACUAUCUAUUAGGCUGGCUCGCCCACCAUAUUUGAUAGAACCACUAAUUUCUGAAAAUUUAAAUUUAAUGUUUCUAACUGCAAGGCCUUCUAGAUAAAAUUUCAGUCACAUCAGAUUUGGAUUCACGUAAAUUGACUUGAUACUAGGCCAUCAAUAUAAAUACGUAAGAUCGGUAAUAUUUACGACUAUGCCAAAAGACUUAAGCAAAUUUUCCAUAAAACUAAGCAGUUCCAGUAAAAACCGAUUAACUGCAUUUAUUCUGUGAUGGGAGAUGCCGCGAAACCAUUAAACAACGUGCAAGUGAAUUAGUUUUAAAAGAUCCCACAAUUCUUACUAAACGAAACUGUAAUUUGGUAAAAUAAUACUUUGAUUCAUCUGAAUGAUUUUUGAUCAUCACUUGAAUGUUUAUGCUCUCAUUAUUUAUUUUUCGACCUACAGAGAACCUACGUCAUUUUGAUUCUGUCUCCAGAUAAUGAUAGUUUAUGAUUUUUAUAAAAACUGUACAAUUAGAGGUCUUGAUCCAUGGCUUAAAUAGCUUGACAGAUAUAAUAGAGUUCAUGUUAUAGAAUUGUUCUAUACGCAGCUACAUAUCUAUAUAUCUCCUAUUUCGUAUCACAUGUUGGUAAUCUUCCUCGACCUGUCAGAAAGUAUAUGUCGAAUGUCGCUACAAAACUGUUAUUAUCUAUUUGAAACUUACUUUUAGGAUGACGCUAUUUUCGUUAUAUAUUUGAAUUUCCUUACAAAAAAAUAUACAUAUAUUUUCUAUGGAGAGGUAUUUUUUUAAUCUGUAAAUCACAUUAAAUUCGGGUCAGAUGAAUUUAUACCUGUAUAUUAUAAAAUACCUGAAAACCAGAUAGCGCUUUCACAAAGCUAAAACUAUAUAGAAAAGAACUGCAAAAAUAUCUCUAUAAGAUGAGAAUAUUUUUUGUGAUACCUUAUAGUAACGUUGAAACAUAUUGUUAUCGUAAAUGUGAAUAUUAAUAUUAGAAUAGCAUAAGGUUAAAACGCGUGUUCUAUGCUAGAUGAGAAUUGCUAUAGUGACAGCAAAUUUAAAACUGCUGCAGAUCGAUGACGCAUGGGAUUUUUGUUUAUGGAAAAUGGCUUUUGUCCAGAGAUCAUAAGUUUGAAGUAAUAAGCGUUGCGACCAUACCCAUAGUAAUAUUAAAUACUGGAAAGAUUAUCAAAAUUGGAGAUCUUGGACUUUUAGAGAUCAAUCAAGUACCAAGAUGAACAAAGGUUGAUGGAAUUUUAAAAACAUAUUUAUGAUCACAUAUGUUUAAAUACAAAAAUUUCUUGAAUUUAGUAAAAAAAUUUGGUUUAUUGUCAGUGCUAGAAUAACUAUACAAAGAGUAUCGGAAUCGGGUUCUUCAUGCCUCACUGCAGAAUAAUGAUAUUAUGAUCGAUGGUUUCAACUACUUGAUAUAUCGUCAAAUAAAAACUAAGUAGCUACCAUAAGCCCUCGAUUAUACUUACAUUAUAAUGCAAUGGUUUGGUAGCAGUCUAACUUUGAAAUUCUAAGUUUGACAUGCGUGAACUGAGGAUCGAUGGACAUUUUUGUUCUUAUUCGCAUCAAGAUCAGCCUGAGAGAAUUUACAAGUUUUUUGCACUACCUUUUGUCUUAGACAGACUCAUCUUUGGGGAAGCAUGCUUUAAGGAUUUUUGGUUCUGGAUGAGUUGAAAAGGAGGAAAAGAUUGAACAGCAAUUUAAUAUUGCAUGUUGUUCUUACAACUCGUCUCAUAUAGAACACGUUUAAGCAGUUUAGGAUGAUUAAUUUGUAGUACUUUACGUCUACAAGUGUAACGAAAAGACGCUUUAUAAUUGUCGAUGUUGAAAAUUUUUACAAUAGCACGGAUAAAAAGUUGUAGUUGUAAGAAAAAUUGUAGGCUUGACAAGCUGGACUGUAUAUUGAAGAUACAUACGUAUCGCUAGCAGUACAAUGAAAGCUCGUUUGAGAAAAAACAUACCUAGGAAUGAGUUUGACAGACACUUUUUUUGAAUAUUCAAUGGUUCCAUCAAAAAGUUGUCUGCAUUCCCCCAUUCGUGAUAUCUAAUUGAUCAGUCCUUUUUACAUAUCUCUAGUAAGUUUCGUAAGAAAAAUUCAAAUUUUGGAUACCUUACCAAAAUAUUACUACGAGGUUGAAGAAAAUAUCAGGGCUCAUUUUUAACUAAACGAUCUUUCAAUUGAACUAGGGAGAUACCUGUUUGCAAAUUAUGUGGAAUUAUAGAUAUUCCUAGAAAUUUAUGUCAUUUCGCAAAAAAUUUUGUGUGUUAUUUUUUUGUAUAAAAGGCAUUAGAAUCGAUAUACAUUAAUCAGUUUUGUCGUGUCAAGGAAACGUUUUCUACAUAGUAUUAACAUUAUUUGAGUGAAAAUUUUAUAGUACUUAUAGCAGUAACCUUAUACAAUAAAGAUGUUAGACCGGUGUGCAAUAAAAAGAACUGCUUUUAUUGUAACUAGAUUUUACAAUAUGUGUUGGGGUGAGGUUACACUUGUGUUGCUACCGUUAUAUGUCCAGACCUCAUGACGCAUUAUCUACUUCGAUAAACCCAUGUCAACGAAGGAAUACAAACUAGUGUCACAUACCCCAGUCUGCCACAAAUCCUAGUUCUAGCGUCUUUCCUUAUCAAAUAAUUUUGAUAUAACGUGCAUUUAAAUCAAAAUAAACUUAUCGAAGCAUGUAAGAGCGUUAUGACAUCUGUUUCUAUUAAUACCUGUUAGAUAUGGAGUUAGUUUAGCAAUUUGUUAGGUUCUAGAAAAGAUUAUACGUGAUGGUCGUCCACUUUUGUAUUUUUUCCAUUAAACCGAUUGAUGUUAUGAUUGUGGCUUCAGUUUCAAAGUUUAUAAUUGAUAGUGGUUCGUCAAUUUGUUUUGACUUUUCAGUCUAGUUCUAUAUGGUCGAAGUAAAAAAGCUGCUGCGAUGCUUUAGAUAUAUAAAGAGAAAAUCUACUAGAACUAAUUGUUCAGUAGUAUAUUUGUUCAUCGUUAAAAGACUCAAAUAAUGUUAGUCAUUAAAUACAGAUUGAAAAGUUAUGAAUUACAUAUUACACUCAUUUCAAUACAAAAAGGAAUCAGGACUUAGGUCAAAGCACAUAACAGAUUAAUGAGAUUUUUUAGCUAGAGUAUUCUGAUUUGUUAUUUUUUUUGUUUGUUCAGAAAACGAUUAGAAAAUGUAGAAGGGUUACAUAAACUCUUCUGUUAGAUUUUAAGGACAUAAUAUGUAAUUCUGCAUCUUGAUCUGUAAGUUGUUAAUAAGUACGAAUCUUAGACUACAGUUUAUACAUUUACGUGGCCAAUACCAUGUUAUUAAUGAGAGUUGAUGAUUAUCAUUGUUGCUUAUAAUUCAAUAUGGCAGGUUUGCAUCAUACGGCGAUGAGUUCUGCUAUCAAUACUUCUUUGUUGGCAAAUACCUUAACGGCCCACUACACCUUAUCAUAGAAUGAUACUAAAUUCGACACGUGACAUGAACGUAAUUUUGUUGGUAACGACAGGCUCUAAGCAUGAGAAGAGACGUUCUGACGGCGACUGACUGAAGCUGAGCACUGUAAUGUAAUGCUCACAUCGAGCUUUAGAUUACAAAGUUCCAGCGAAUGUUCACUUGGAAUGCUCGGCUCAAAAGUAAUUCACAUUUUUCUAUUGCAAGUCAGACCUAGAAGUAGCUAGUGCUACGUUCAUAUCAAUGGGCUAUUGCAACCUAAUAAAAAACGGAGACCGUGGUGGCAGACAAAUUCAUUUAGAGGAAGACAUUAAUGAGUAUCUUAAAAAAUCAAGAGCUGUUGCCACGCAUCAUGUUUCUCGAUUUGGUUAUAAUAUUCUGCAUGUUGCGGAUCCCAGCUAAUAAAAUAAGAAGACUGUAGAGACUGUGCUCACAGAUGAACUGUUCGCCACCUGUACUGACUUGUGAUGUAACCAUCGAGGGGAUUCGUCCAAAAACCGAAAGUUAAGUGGCGCACGAUUUGUAGACGUGAUGUAAUGUAACACAAAAAUUCGCUAGUCAAUCGCUAAAGCGAGCGCCGAACAGAGUCGCUCACGUCGAGCAUAUCCUACUCCACUUAACUGUCCUUUUUUGACGAAUCCCUCUGAUGGUUACAUUACAAGUCAGUACAGGCGGCGACCAGUUCGUCUGUGAGCACUGUCCCUGCAGAAUUUGAAGCGCUUUUUAGCCGAGCAUUCCAAGUGAACAUUCACUGGACUGAAAUCACGAACUUUGUAAUAUAACGCUCGGCUUCAGUCAGUCAUCUUGGUUCGAACGUGUUUGGGCGGCAGUGUCUCAAAGACAGUAAGUACAUGAAAGUCAGAAUGAAUGGAACGAUUCCUAGGAUAUCAUAUACGUUUCAUACGCGUAAACUCAUUGCAUACUAGUCUAGUAAGGUAAUUACCUAUAUGGUAUGGCAAAUAGAAUGAGUGAACCAUGACUGAAGGCAGUAAAACGACCGUUUGACGCAAACAUUUUCUUAAGUGAAAGCCUGAAUCUAAGGUAAAUUGAAAAUGUUGUGAUAUUAUUUUGCUGGAUGUCGUGCUUUAGUGUUAUUUUGAAUUUUGUAAGAGUAGCAAACAUGCGAUAAAAAAAAUAGCUUAUUUUAAAGUCUCGUUACCGACGCUACCAGUAUACCUAGUUAAAUAUGGAUGCGUGUAUUUAAACAAACGAGAUUAUUCAAAUUGAAAACUACAAUUAUGUAUUGACUAUGAUGAAAGCUGAGAAUACUAGGAUUCUGGCAACUAGACCGCGGUAUCAUUUUAGAGAGAAUAUAUUCUGUGGCGAAGGCUAUCCUAUUAUCUCCCUGGUUUUUAAAACCCAGAAAAUAAUUUAAGGAAAGCCUUAUCGAGAGAUGGAUAUGAUGGAUCUAACUGAAAACUGGAAGCAAAUAUAUUUGAUCAUGUAACAUGAAUUGUGUAGUUUCCUACUGUGAUUCAUCGAAAUAUUCUCCAAACUCACAUUCCUCAAAAUAUUUCGUUGGAUCUAACAUAAGUUGAUGUGAUGAAAGAUAUAAGAGAAUUUUCAAUUCAGAUUCUCUUAAAAUUCCAGAAGGUUUCUGGAAAAUGCAGGUAUUGCCGUUGAUCCGGCUAGGUAAAAAUAUAGGUACGUAUAGAAUGUUGGGAAAAGGUUACUGUUAAAUUAGCAUAACGAAAAAUAUUCUCCGGGGUUAAAGUCCUUUCAUCAUACUCUCUACACUUGUGUUUAUUAAAAACCUAAUCAGGGCCGUAGCCAAUGGGGGCUUUGGGAUUCAUAGUCCCUUGUACAUUUCGGAAUUCUUUAUGAGAUACUGAGAACUCAUAUUUAACAAUACAUAUGAAGCAUAUUAUAUACAUGUGAGGAAUAAUGUUUGUCCGUCUUUAGAAAAUCACGUGGCUACGCCCCUGACCUAAAUAAAGAACUAGUGCCUGAAUUAAACGUAUCGUUGUUUACAAGUACCUCUGAGAUUGUUUCAAAUGCAAAAAUAUUAAUUUUGCCUUAAAUCGAUAUAGCCACAUUGUUAUGUUUAGCGUAUUAGUGCACUGGCUAUAUUUGUAGGUAGAUAUAUUUUUUGAGGGAAAUCCAACAUAGCUUGUAGAUAACGGCAAUUUUAUAUACAGCGUGUGCAAGAUUCUCUGGUCUAUCUGACAAAUACCGAGCAAUCUAUAAUUGAAAUUAGUACAAUCUAUAGUAUCUUUUCUCAGUCAAACCAAUGAAAAUCAAAAGUGUUAACAAGUCAUUCCAAAUGUUGCUGCCACAAGUCGGUCAACGGUAGACAGUAGUUGAAAAAUAUUGUCAACCGGAGAAUCGUAUAUUCUGUCACUGCAUGAACUGUUAAUUUACAAGGUCAUGGAUUUAAGUGAAUAUUUUUGAAUAAAUAUGAAAUGCUUUGAUAGCUUGUAUUAAACAUCUAAUAAUAUGAAAUAGGUAAAGCUGAAUUUAUCAUAAAAGUGUCAGAAGUUAAAUGAUGAAAAAAAGUUAAAAUAAAACAAAAAAUGAUAGUCUUCUGAUGUACGGAAGACUUUUAACAUUUAUAGAUUUUGUGUUAUAGUCGUACAUUUCUCAAGUAUCUAGUAAACAUUUUUGGUCUUCAUUGAAUAGAACUGCUGGAAGACUCGCUCUUAAAACUUGGUAUUAGGAGAGAUGCAAUUUGAAAUGAAAUAUAAAAUAUUCUGUAUAGGUUAUCAAAUGAAAGUAAGGUCCUCGUUGCACGUUGCAAAGUUAAAUCCAUGGAUACGUGGAUAACUUGAUAAACUUGUGCGAUUUCAAAACCUCAACUUGCAGAGCUUAUCAAAAAACAUCGAUCACUCAAAUCUAUAAGAAAAAAGGAACAAAUUAUAAUUGCCAAUAUGUCAUCUACACUUAGCAAGUAAUUUGUAUACUGUUUUCUUAUUAUAUGUCGCGUUCGUAAAAACCUAGCAAAACUCCAGCAGCCACAAAUAUUAAUAUCACCAAGUUUGCGCGUAUAUCUCAAAACAAUUAAUGCAAGAUUUACUGUAAAUCACCUUGAGGUGUAUGUGUGAAUGCAGUGAUUUCAAUUUCAAUGGUAGCUUGAGUAGAGCUGUGUUCUGAUAAACGCGAUUAUUGAUACAUCUACGGCAAAUGCGAACCAACAAUAAUCUAGUUCCAAUUUCUUAUGAUUAUCCAUUUACCGUGAUCACUUGCAUUUGUCUUUUUAUGCCUGAAAAGAUUAUAAAACUGCUUGUUCCUGUAUAUUUGAGAUGAAAUGUGAAGUGAUACUCAUAUACAGAAUAGUUUAUUGAAAAGCACGAAACGUCAACGAGGAUAUUCGGUAUUCGAACGAAUACCAAAUAGGGAUACCGGCAAAUGCUAGCCAAAUAUCUAACUGCUCUUAAAGUAGAUUUGUAUAAAUUUAUGUAUAUUGAACAAGAACUGUUGUUACUACCGUAAUCUUGAAGAUAACUACAUGUUAUAAGUGUAAGACAAGUAUAAAUGUUGACAAAUAACUUAAAUGUGUAUAUAAUAUAUGUUAGCUGGUAUCUAUCUACAUCAAUUAUUGUAGACUUAUAGUACAGAAUAAAC